AUGGGUUGCGAAAGCCUCUCUAUGGCCUUAGCAAUUGUUCUGCUUCUUGAGCCUCGCCUUUCUCUGGCUUGUUUGCAGUGCGAUCCCAAUUUCGCCAGCCACUUUUCCUCUUAUGCCCCAAAGUUGAGUCGCAAGUCUUGGGGGCUCGGUGUUGUCCCAGCGGCAGGACGCAGGCUGCGGGGCUGGGCUCAAGAUACUCUUAAGGAAUUGAAUCUCAAGAUUGCACCCGACAUCCCUGUGGAGAAGUUGCACACCAUAGCUACCACGGUGUAUGGAAAACUUGAUAUGUUGUUCAAAAACCACACCUACAAACCAGGGGAUCUUCCCCAAAAACUGGACUCUGUUUUUGAAGAACAAAUCAGAAUGCUCCAGGACGCUAUCGUUGAAAGCAGAAUCAAAUGCGAAAACCACUGCGGCGUAAACCACUAUGAAGCUAUCUCCUGUGAGACGUGCAAUGUAACCAAACCAACUUGCUUUGGCUAUAAUUGCGAGUCCUCAGAAAAAUGGAAAGAGGCCUUGAAUGAACUCUACAACUAUUUGUAA